AUGGGACAUGCUCGUUCAUAUAAUGUUUAUUAUCAAAGUAUACGAAAAGAUAAACUAAAUCAAAUAUUUCAUAAUACAAAACAACUUUUACUUCGAAUUGAAUUAUUAACUAAUACCAAUGAACAUAUACCACGUAAUGGAAAUAGUAAAGAACGCCGAAAAUAUGAACAAAACAUUGUUUCAUGGAUGGAAGAUUCGGUUGCAUCAACUUGUGCAUCAUGUUGUAAAUCAUUUGGUUUAUCUCGACGAAAACAUCAUUGUCGUCUUCAUGGAUCGGUUAUUUGUAAUCAAUGUUCACAAUUUCUUUCAUUUUCCAUAGCUCGAUGUAUUAUCGAUUCAAAUAUAUCAUCUACUUCAACGACCAAUAGUCUUGCAAUUCAACAAUUAAUAAAUCUAAAAAGUGUAACUUUAUCAACGAUUAUUAAUGAUGAAUCAAAUGAAGAUUAUCUUCGUAUUUGUAUGUCUUGUGCACAAUGUUUACACAAUUAUCAUCAUCAAAUGUGUUUCAAAAAUAUUCCAAAAGAUGAAAUAUUUCAUCAUUAUGAAAAAAUUGUUCAAGCACAAAACGAAUAUAAUCAUUUUCAUCCAACAUAUUUAGCAAUAAUCGAUUCUCUUUUAAGCGGAGAUACAAAAUAUCAAAUUGUUGAUGCUCAACGUGCAUAUCGACAAUUAAAUGUUCAUUAUGACAAAAUUGAUUCAAUAUCAAAACAUAUUGCUGCAUUAGCAGAUAAAUGUUUAAAUAUAAAUGAAAAUGAUACGACAUCAAAAAAUCGUUAUGCUACAAUUUGUCGUAAUAUUCGUACAUAUUCAGUACAAGUUUUACAAAAUUUUUCUAUAUCAACUAAGCGUAUACCAAGUGAGGAUGAUAUAAAGAAAGCACAAGAUGAAAAAAAACGACUAGAUAACGAACGUAUGACAAGAACAAUUUUAACUAUUCCAGGAAUUAAUCUUAAUUCAUUAGAAAUAUCAGAAAAAUUGGAACCAUUUAUUCAACAAUAUCAUCAAGUAACACAAUUUCUUGAACAAGCUAAAUCAGCUGGACGUGAUGAUGAAGUCAGAUUAUUAGAAUCAAAUUUAAAAGAACUUGCACAGGCAAUGAGCAUUAUUCAUCAAAAUUAG